AAAGAAAAUAAAUCUAAAAAUCAGUCAAUUACAAUUAACGUCACUUGACUGUGGAAUCAAUCCCUCAAAUCAAUUCCAAUCCUUCCCAAAAUACUCAUUCACAAAUCACGCUAUUUCUUUAUAUUUACCCUAAUCUGCUAUCACACAAUUCACUUGACACACAAUUUUCAAUUCACUCACAAGAACAAGGCGAUUCUUUCUCAAUCCUCACUCAACCGAGAUUUUCGAGGAGAGAGCUAGAUAUCAUUCCUCUCCCAAUUCCAAUAAUCAGAUCAAGUUCAAGGUACCUCAAAUCAUGCUCUGAUUUUCUCUAAUUCUAAAGCUUGUAAUCAACUUACUUUUGUUCCUACCAGAAACGUGAGUGAAGGAGUGUUGAAAAUACAAUCUUUGCCCUGUCACCAACAGCAGCUCUAUUUGGAAGAUUUACACACAAUCGAAGGAUUCUUCUUCGUUGAAGAACUCUAUUUCGGUCAAUUGGUGAAAUUAUAGCCACUGCAGGCAUUUCCAAGUGUUGUGUUGCUUUAUAAUUAUGAGUGAAAGUUCAUUGUCCGACGAAGAAAUCGCCUUGCUUAUUGAAGACAUACUACAAAAGCACAACACACGAACCGUGAUCAUUAUCCGUGAUUUCUUGAAACUGACUAAUGGUUCUAAGUGGAUUAAAAAGAACCAGGCACGGCGUUUAUUUCGCCGUCUGACCCGCAUACCUACCCAGGUCAAUCGUCUUACUAGAUUGACAGGUGUUAGUGAUAGGGACUGCAUAAAUAAUCUACGCAUGGACCGAAAUUGUUUCGGGAGACUAUGUAUUCUUCUUAGAGAAGGAGCUGGGUUGGUAGAUGGAUCAUUUGUUAAAGUAGAGGAACAAGUGGCUUUAUUUUUAUGUGUUUUAUCACAUCACAAAAAGAACCGGGUGGUUAGUUUUGAUUUUUUAAGGUCUGGUCAAACAGUUUCAUACUAUGUCCAUGUUGUCCUCCGAGCCAUCAUACUGGUGCAUAAAAUGUUUAUAGCUAAGCCAACUUCGGUACCUGACAACAGUGUUGACCCUAGGUGGAAGUGGUUUAAGGGUUGCUUAGGUGCAUUAGAUGGGACAUAUAUUAACGUCCGAGUUCCAUUGGCUGAUAAGCCAAGAUAUCGAACUAGGAAAGGGCAAAUAGCCACAAAUACCUUGGCAGCGUACACGAGGGACAUGCGUUUUGUAUAUGUUUUACCGGGUUGGGAGGGGUCCGCAGGUGAUGCACGUAUCCUACGAGAUGCAAUUUCUCGUCCAUUUGGUAUUAAAGUCCCCAAAGGUAAUUAUUAUUUGUGUGACAACGGGUAUGCAAAUAGUGAAGGUUUUUUGACACCCUACAAAGGAGUUCGAUAUCAUCUGCAUGAAUGGGGUCCGGACACUGAGAGGCCUAAGAAUCCUCGUGAAAUGUUCAAUAUGCGACAUACGAGUGCAAGGAACAUUAUUCAACGGGCUUUCGUUGUUCUUAAGAUGCGUUGGAGUAUUCUACGUAGUGCAUCUUACUAUCCAAUCGAAACACAAAUUAUGUUGAUAAUGGCUUGUUUUCUUCUACAUAAUUACAUAAGGGGAGAGAUGGCAGUGGAUCCUAUGGAACAGUUAGUUGACACUAACAUGGUUGACAAUGAAAUGUUUGCUGAGCAAGAUGAUACUGAGCAUAUAGAAUUUAUUGAUCCUACAAUCGAUUGGAAUAACAAACGGGAUCAAAUGGCAGCUGGCAUGUGGAUGCGUAAUGAAGGGCCAUGAUAUAGUCGACCAUGAGUCCGCACCACAAUGUCAUUGUGGGAAUGGAAAGAUGAUUGUUCGCUGUGGAGGAAAGUUUUGCCAAUAAUCCUGGUCGGUUUUACUACAAAUGUCCAGUUAACGGGAAGCAUUUUCAAUCUUUCAUAUGGUGCGAUGAAUUCCAAAAUUACUCUUCAACUUCCGAAGAUCAAGUUUUUAUGCGUCAAGCAUCAACAACGAGUGAGAAGCCCACAUCUGAAGCAAUAUCAGCCGUUCCCACCCGAGCACUCACUUUAUCAGAAUUUGAGACAUGUGUUGUUGUAGUUUUUAUGAGCAUGGUUCUUGUACUUCUUGGUGUAAUUAUUGGUAAAUUGUUGUAGGCAUGUAGGCAUUCCACUGUGUUGCUGCCAAACUAUUCACAUCUUUGAUGUUGGGGCAUACACUAUUGACCUCUAUUUGGAUCUCUCUUGACUAUAUAUAUGUUAUAUUAGUUUGUAA